CAUACUUGCCUAAUUGACGAUUAUUUCCUUAAGAGGAAACCGAGCAGCAUUAGAAGAUCAUCAAUACACGUACUGACCAGUGACCUGCGCACUGAACACGUCCCACAUCUGUCUCCUCGGCUACUACGCUCGUCGCCUGCUUGACAGAGCUUUAUCAGCCCACAUCUCGACCUGUGGUAUCUCGAGAAAAGAGCUAGAUCUUCUCUAAGCAGAUGGCCUCUCCAGCACAACAAUUACCACCAGGAUGGGCGGCGGAAUGGGACCCAAACAACCAGCGGUAUCUCUUCAUAGAGACCGCGACGGGCCACUCGCAGUGGGAGAUGCCCGCAGUGAACCCUGAACUCGGCGGCAUGCAGCCAGGAAUGUCGCCCGGGAUGUCGCCAUCCGUCUCUCCACCACCUGCAGGGGGCCCCCAACACUCGAAACGUCGACAGUAUGCUGCAGGCCAGACUCAAGCCUACUACGGUCCCGUGGAUGGUCUCGCACCCCAGUACGGCGCGGCGGCACCACAGCCUGGCGGUCAGCCCGCGCAGCUCUUCACGCCCGGGCUCGCUGCAGACAACCAGUUCCAACAGCAACAAAUGGUGGCGCAACAGCAGCCCAGCUACUUCGCCGGGUCGCAACCCCCACCGGAGCCUGAGUACAUCAACGCGCCUGGCUUUGGGCAGCAGCCGGCCCCGGCGGUGGGCGCGCUGGCGGACCAGUUCGGGCAGAUGAACAUGGGCAUGAAGCGACCGCAGCUGUUCACGACGAACCUCCUGACUGCGCCGCCAGACCCGCGCGAGCUGCACCGGCCCCCGCCCGACAUCUGCCUGCCGCCGAACUCGAGCAUCUCGCCGUCGCCGUACGCGAACGCGGACCCGUCGUACCAGCGGUGCACGUUGAAUGCCAUCCCGGCGUCGUCCUCGCUCCUGAACAAGUCGAAGAUCCCACUCGCGCUGAUUCUCACGCCGUAUCGCUCGCUGGAGAAGGACGAGGAGCCGGUCCCGCUCGUGACGGAUACGGUCAUUGCGCGGUGCAGACGCUGCAGGACGUAUAUCAACCCAUACGUGCAGUUCAUCGACGGGGGCAACCGAUGGCGUUGUUGCAUGUGUAACAUGUCAAACGAGGUCCCGCAGUUGUUCGACUGGGACCAGGUCCGGAACCAGCCUGGCGACCGAUGGGCGCGUGCGGAGAUGAACCACUCCGUGGUCGAGUUCGUCGCGCCCACUGAGUACAUGAUUCGGCCUCCCCAGGCUGCGGUGUACGUGUUCCUCAUCGAUGUGAGCCAUGCUGCCAUCCAGAGUGGCAUGGUGGCGACGGCUACGCGUACGAUCCUCGAGAACCUCGACCGCAUCCCCAACGACGAGAGCCGCACCAAGGUCGCGAUCGUCGCCUUCGACGCCUCGCUAUACUUCUUCUCUAUGCCCCCGGGAACAACGGACUCGUCCAUGCUCGUCGUGUCGGACAUCGACGACGUCUUCUUGCCCAAGCCUACGGAUCUGCUCGUGAACCUGUCGGAGGCCCGCGCAUCGCUGGAGUCUCUACUGGGUAGACUGGGCGACAUGUUCGCGGACAAUAAUACGAUCGGCAGUGCGCUUGGCCCCGCGUUGCAGGCCGGAUUCAAGCUGAUGACACCGAUUGGUGGGCAGAUCAUCGUGCUCUCUGCUAGCCUCCCCUCUAUCGGAGCCGGCGCGCUCAAAAACAGGGAGGACCCCAAGAUCCUUGGCACUUCUAAGGAAUCUGGGCUCCUUCAAUCCGCGUCGCCCUUCUACAAGACCUUCGCGAUCGAGUGUUCACGUGCUCAAGUGUCCGUGGACAUGUUCCUAUUCAGCGCAUCCUAUCAGGACGUUGCUACCCUCGCCUGCCUUCCCCAUUACACCUCCGGCCAGACCUACUUCUAUCCUGCAUUCAACGCGUCGCGCACAGAGGACGCGAUCAAGUUUGCACACGAGUUUGGUGAGGUCCUGGCGAUGCCAGUCAUGUUGGAGGCAGUCAUGCGUGUCCGUGCAUCCAAAAAUCUGCGCAUGUCGUCGUUCCAUGGCAACUUCUUUGUGCGCUCGACCGACCUGCUGGCGAUGCCCGCCGUGCCUCAGGACCAGUCGUACGCUAUUGAGGUUACGAUCGAAGAUACGCUCACCGCGCCGUUCGUCGUUUUCCAAACCGCCGUUCUGCAUACGACAUGUUAUGGCGAACGUCGUAUCCGUGUCAUCACCCUCGCGCUGCCCACGACGAGCAACCUCUCCGAGGUUUUCGCGUCCGCAGACCAGAUCGCCAUCGCGACUCUGCUUGCGAACAAGGCAGUCGAGCGCUCGAUCACGCACAAGCUCGAGGACGCGCGGGACGCGCUGUUCAGCAAGAUGGUGGAGAUGCUGCAGGCGUACAAGCAGAGCAUGACCGCUGGCGGUGCAGGUGCGAGUGCGCAGCUGGCGAUCCCGGACAACAUGAAGAUGCUGCCGGUCUUGGUUCUGGGGCUGCUCAAGAACGUUGGCAUCAGGCAGAGCGCACAGAUUCCUCCGGACCUCAGGGCAUAUGCACAAGCUCUCCUCACGUCCCUGCCGUCCCAGCUGCUCAUUCCAAACCUGUGCCCGACGUUCUACUCGCUGCACAAUAUGCCACCAGAGUGCGGUACCGUCGGCGAACACGGCGUCAUCCUCCCUCCACCUCUUCCGCUCACCUCCGAGCGACUCGAGAGACAUGGUCUAUUCCUCAUCGAGGAUGGCCAGACCAUUUUCCUCUGGGUUGGCCGCGACUCCGUGCCUCAGCUCGUUAUGGAUGUCUUCAACCUGCCCAACUACGAGGUGCUUCGUGGCGGAAAGACGACAUUGCCAUUGUUAGAGAACUCGUUCUCGCAACGCGUCAACGCCAUCGUGCAGAAGAUCCGCGAGAUGCGUCGUGGUGUUUACUACCCGCAUCUCUACGUGGUGAAGGAGGAUGGGGAACCGCCACUGCGGUUGUGGGCCCUCAGCUGCCUCAUCCAGGAUCGCGCCGAUGUCUUGCCAAGUUACCAGCAGUUCAUUGGACAGCUCAGGGAUAAGGUCAAUGGUUCGAGUUAUUGAGCGGACUUUUCGUCGUCGUGGAAUGGCGGUGGUUGAUGAUUCUUUUCUCACCUAACGUAUUGGAACGAUAACGUCUCUCGCAAUGAAAUGUAGAGUAGCCCGUUGCGCUGAGGAACGUAAUGACUUCUCUCUCACUCAAAU